AUGAUCCUCUCGACCUUAUUCUUGGUUAUAUCUUGCAGCUUCUGUGUGGCCAUUGGGUUGAAGUCGGACGGCCUGAUCAUCCACACAGCACAGGGACCGGUAUCAGGCACACUGGCUACCCCAAAUGUUCGCCAGUUCCUUGGAAUUCCUUACGCAGUGGCUGAACGCUGGGAGGCGCCCACCAACCCACCUAAUCAUACAUCUAUUUUCAAGGCCAGCAAUUACAGUGAUACAUGUCCUCAGAAUCUUUCCCCACUCAAUAAGGGCGUGUUAUUGGUUGCGGGAGGGCAAGGCAUCAAUGUAUCAGAAUCAGAGGACUGCCUCACGGCCAACAUAUGGGCACCAAGCAUAGGGAGACAACAAAAAACGGCAGUCCUCAUCUGGAUAUAUGGUGGAGGAAUUCAAUUUGGCUCGAGCAAUUUACCGCAGUAUAAUGGGGAACACUUCGUAAAUGAUCACGAUGACAUUACUGUGGUGACAUUUAACUAUCGUUUGAACGUAUUCGGCCAACCGAACUCGCCACAGCUUGCGAACAGGAUGUUAACGCAGAACUUCGGCCUACUUGAUAUCGAUGCAGCUAUUCAUUGGGUGCAUGCAAACAUUGGUGCGUUUGGAGGCGACCCAGAGCGUAUCACUAUCUUUGGGCAGAGUGCCGGAGCUCUUGCCGUUGAAGCUUAUACAUACGCGCACCCUAAUGACACCAUCGUGAAAGGCGCUAUCGAACAAUCUGGAAAUCUUGGAUUCGCAACAAGUGGUUUACUCAGCAGUCCAACCAUUGACGGAACAUGGAAUACUUUAGCCUCAAAGGUUGGGUGUGGAGCAGUUCCAGAUGCCGCUCAGCUGGCUUGUAUGAGAGCUGUACCUUUCCGUACAUUGGAAGAUACAGUCAUCCGAUCAGGAUUGAUGUUCAAUCUCCUCUUCGAUAACAUUACCCUUUUCUCGGACAUCCCAGAACGCGCCAAAGCUGGAAAGUUUUUGAAAGUGCCGUUGUUGGGCGGCAGCACCGCUAACGAGGGGGAUAUUCUCACCGUGGCUGCUGAAGUGGCUGGGCUGUCUCCGCCUGCCUCUCCCUUUGUUUCUGAGAUACUCUCAGAUGUACUAACCCAGGUCAAUUUUACGUGCCCUGCAGGUUCUGCCGCUCAAGAUCGUGUCAAUGCAGGCGUUCGAACCUGGCGCUACCAAUACCAAGCUGUAUUUCCCAACAUAUCUCCACGCCCCGAUAUCAGGUCUUACCAUCUCUCCGAAAUCCCAUUAAUUUUCGGGACGUACAAAACGAUCAAUCCCUCCAUUCCCAUUACGACCAACGAAAUCUCUCUUUCUAAGUAUAUGCAAGGUGCUUGGGUUGCCUUUGCAAGGAAUCCAGACCGGGGGCUGGUCGAUUAUGGAUGGCCUCUGUACGAUGCUGCGACGAACAGCACGGUUGUUCUGGGAAAUUUCUUAAAUCCAACGGGGAUCGUGUUUACCAAAGGAACAAUUUUGGAUUCGACUUGUGGGAACGCGACACAACUCUUCGACUUUGCAGCACAGAUUUCCAAAGCCUAG